UUCUCUAAAUAGAAUGUAUUGUAAUCUUCUCUCAGUCCAACGUGGUUCCUCACAGACCCGCUUCUUCAAUUGGACUUUCGCUAAGUUAUUGGAAAAUUAGUGAAAGGCACAAGGACGGCAACCUCUCAGAUUGACAUUUAUGAUACCAAUAAUUCCAUGACAGAUGCAUGACUGGAUAAUAAAGUGAAGGAAAUAAAUUAUAUGGAUACCCAUAAAAUUGGUGAACAGUAUAUAUGAACAGCCUUGGAUAAAGAGAAGCACUUAGUGGGACAUUUUGUUUGUCUGCCUUCUGCUCCAUUGGAAUAAAAACGCACUUGCAUGGAUUUGAUGAAUUCAAAGACAGUUAUGAAUUUGGAGCAAGACCGGCCAUUCGUUUGCAGUGCUGCAGGUUGUGCCCAGAGGUUUCCAACGGAGGACCACCUCAUGAUUCACAGCCAUAAACAUGAAAUGACUUUGAAGUUUCCAGCGAUAAAAACAGACAAUAUUUUAUCAGAUCAGACCCCGACCCCUACCCGGUUUCUGAAGAAUUGCGAAGAAGUUGGACUCUUUAACGAACUUGCAUGUUCUUUAGAGCAGGAGUUUAGGAAAGCACAGGAAGAGGAGGACAAUAAAAGGGCUGCGGCAGGGCUGAGUCUUUCCAGUCUAGCUGAGGUACAGAGCAAAGAGGCAUCAAUUACUGACAGCACAGCUCAAAUAUCGACUCUAUCCCGGAUAGUAUCUGGAACUCGACCUGAAAAGAACAUAUCAGUGCAUGGGUCAGUGCAAGGGGCAAUGCCAGGUCAAGCAGCCCAUCAGCUUACUCCCACUCGGAUGCCAAACCAUGACAACGGAAUUGUAAAUCAGCAAGCCAUGCCUUCACCAACUUCCAAUUCAGUGAUCACCCAAGCACCUUCCACCAACAGGCAAAUAGGGCCUGUUCCAGGAUCUCUAUCUUCCCUACUCCAUCUACAAAACAGACAAAGGCAGCCCAUGCCAGGGUCGAUGCCUGGCAACCUUCCAAAUUCCACCAUGCCUGGAUCUUCUGCAGUACUGAUGCCUAUGGACAGACAAUUAUCCAUGAGUUCUAAUAUCAUGGGAAUGCCUGGACCUCCUCAAGUUCACCAAAUGCACUCCGAGGCCAAAAUGAGACUUAAAGCAGCACUGAAUCAUCACCCGACCGCUUUGUCGAACGGAAACAUGAAUAUGAUGGGUCAAGUAAUGGAGAUGAUGACAUCUAGACAGGACCAGGCACCACAGCCACAUCAUCCCAUGCACUCGCACGCACACCAGCCUGUACCACAACACCCCUUCACACAUCAGCAUCAACCACAUCCACAUCAGCACCAUCCUCACCACCACCACCAGCAAAACCAUUCCCAUCCCCAUCCAAGCCUACACGCACACAACCCACAGCACCACAACCUUCCACUUCAGUCUCUGCCCACGGGAGCACAAAAUCAGGUCUCACCUGGGUCACAGCAGAUACAGUCUCCUCAAUCAGGACACCCAAAUCCAAGUAGCGGGGGCCGCAGGAGAAGAGUGGUCGAUGAAGACCCCGAUGAAAGACGGAGGAAGUUUCUCGAAAGGAAUCGCGCAGCUGCAACCCGUUGCAGGCAGAAGAGGAAAGUGUGGGUGCUGUCACUGGAAAAGAAAGCAGAGGAACUUACGCAAACAAACAUGCAACUUCAGAAUGAGGUCUCCCUCCUGAAGAACGAAGUGGCACAGCUGAAACAACUGCUAUUGACGCAUAAAGACUGUCCAAUUACAAUGCAGAAAGAAUCACAAGGCUACUUGAGUCCUGAGAACAGUCCACCUGGAAGUCCUAUCCCCGUUUGCUCUCAACAACAAGUCAUCCAGCACAAUUCAAUUAGCACUUCAACUGCCACCAGUGAGGUUGUAGGCAGCUCCACCCUCACCCAGCUUGGGAAUCAAAGAACAGAUCGGAACCCUAUUCUCUAAGUGCUGCCUUCUAUCACGAGUGCAUUGGCAGGAAAUACAAAAAAAUGACACUUUGUCAGGACUUUUGAAAGAACAACAUAAUUCUGGAAUUAAAUACACUUUAGGGGAAAAAAAGACUUUUGCUAUUCAUUUUAAUAGUUAUCAAAAUGCUAUUUUUUUUUAACUUUAGUUAUGAAAAAGGGAAAUAUGCAAUUAAAAAUGCUGAUAGCUUGGGAAUGCAUUAAUGCUUUCUCAUAACUUGCUGGUACCAAUUUGAAGAUUCUGCUAAGAAUUUUUGAACUUUCUGAGUUUUAUUACCAUGUAUAUAGUCUCCACUUAUUAUCAGCAGCAAGAUCUAGGUAUCUAACCAAUCUGCAAAUUAACAACUGGACUAAGGUAUCUAACAGCAAUGCCAUCUCUGAAAAGAAGCCUCCAGUCUAAGCUAUAGAUACAGCCCAUAAUGCAGCUUCUCUUUCUUAAAAUUGUUCAUUUGCACUGAAAAUCAAAUGUUAUGAAUUGAUAUUGAGUAGAUAAUUGAGUCAUUAAUUGAGUCAGCAGAAUAUAUUGAAGAAUGCAUUUCAGUAUUAGAAAUAUGAUGUCACUUCGUCUUCCUUUUUUAGCAAUAUGAUCAAUUUAACAUAAGCUGUAAUUUUCAUGUCUGCACAUCUUAAGAAUCUGUUUUGCAUUCAUCACUUUCUUCAUUUACAGGAGCAAUUUUGCUAUCUACUGCAGCAUCAUCUCUAAGAUAAGAAUGAUCUACUGAGCUUAACCUUAUGCAGUUACAUCCCAUUGACAAUGCAAUAACAGUGGUCAUCAUUCAUGCAAGGUGCAACAGUUCAAUUUGCGCAAAAACAGUUUACAUGAGUAAAGUCCCAUGUAUAAAAUUUUAAUAAACAUCGUGAUCAAAUCAGGAGGAAGUAUAGCCAUAGACACGAAGCAUAUUUGAUGUUUUUAUAAACUUAAGAACAGCGUAUGAAAUCAAUUGGUUAUAAUCCAUAUUAAGCCGAUGACAUCCCCAUUUACUUGAAGCAUCAAAUGGAAAGAGUAGUAAUGUUCCCAAAAAA